UGCAAACCUGACCGCAACUCGCUGACGUCUCGUACCAGUGUCGCUCAUGUAUGUACCGCCUACCAAAACGCGAAAUCUACGCCUUUUUCUGCGGCGCUCGAGCGUGUGAUACGUGAUCUGCGCGAAGCGUAUAGCGAGGCUUAGCAAAAGGUUUCUGGAAGGCAUUCUCUCUUUUCGCUGAACUACGAAAACCGACAUUUUAUUGCCGAGAAGUGUUACGUCACUUCUCGGUAUGUCUUAACGUCAUUUCCCUGCCUGUAAGUCGUUUCACGAGCCGCGAAAUCCUACAGCCAGUGGUCGCCGUACGUGCAGUGCGUUUUAACGCAGAUUGACCCGCGAUUUUCUGCUGCAAGAAAGUUCUGCUCCCAACGUUAUGAGCCAUGGCUGAAGCGUCUUCGCGCAACCGGUCACCAUCCCCUCACUGUAAAACAACGUUCCUUCACGAAGGUGCCCCUCAAGCUGAUGAUGGUCCCGACGGCGAGGUUAUUUCCUUGACCGAUUCACAUCGUGAGGCUGCAGCAGCGCCGGUGACCGUGGAUGACUGUCCACGUGAUUUUGAGGAGUCGAUGGAGCUGAUACCCAUGGAUGACAUGGGACCUGAAGACCACGGUACAACGCCGGGAGAAUCUUCAUCACGACGACAAGACUCGCCCGAAUCAACCGACAGCUGGACAGUGCUCCUGGUCACCGGACCCACGCGUAAUUUAGAGUGGCACUUCGCGAAGCAUUGGCCAAAGUACACGUUCCUCGCGUCGCUUAUGGUGUUCAUAGCCCUUAUAUAUCCUGCGCUGACGCUCUACAGGUCGCUGUCGCAAGCAGACUCGCACGCUGCGCAGCCGACGCGGCCGUCGGACACUCAGAUUUGGCGGCCAUGGCGUGAGCGGAAAGGCGACGACGGGCUUCCCCGGAUUCUGCUGUGGAACCAAACCGGAUUGGACAACUGGUGGUUACUCCACAAAGCCGUAUGCACUACUGAAGGCGAACACUCGGUUACGUGCGACGUAAUCGAAGACCGCUACCUGCUAAUGAGCAGUGAUGCUGUUGUCUUCCGUGCCGAGCAUUUUGAAUCCCUGGGAAUUCCUCAUGUACGCUCGCCGUUUCAGUUCUGGGUUUUUUGGGCUAAGAGUCACUCACUGCCCCAAGGCGACAGCCCGCAUGGAAAUGGCUCGCGCUUACUGUCGCGUGUCGCCGACACGUUCAACUGGACAAUGGCCUACAGGGACGACGCUGACAUCGUAGUUUCUUACGAUAAGUGGCGCUGCGACUCAGCCGAGAGCGCAAUGCAGCCUAGCGACACCGUGAUUCCGAAAAAAGAAAAGGCGUCGCCUGGAUAG